AUGGCUUCGGUGUCCUCAGGCCAGGCCUCGACACCCAUCGAGUUGGCCGACGAGCCGCCCGAGAGUGACGAGUUCGACCCCGUCGCCGACUGGGAUGAUCUCAACUUGCCGCCGCGAGAUGCCGCCACCGGUGUCUGGCAGCAUGUCUACGAGAAUGGCCGCCGCUAUCACCUUUAUAAAUACGGCCGCUAUCCCAUUCCCAACGACGACGCGGAGCAGCAGCGCGAGGACAUGAAACAUGCCAUGAUGCUCGAGCUGACGAACGGCAGACUGUACUUUGCGCCCAUUGGCGACAACCCGCAAAAGAUUCUCGACAUUGGCACGGGCACGGGCAUCUGGGCCGUCGAGAUGGGAGACAAGUUCCCCAACGCCGAGACGAUAUUGGGCACAGAUUUGUCGCCCAUCCAGCCCGAGUGGCUGCCGGAAAACGUACGCUUCAUGAUUGAUGACUGCGAAGCCGACUGGGCCAACGGCUCCGACUGGGACUUUGUGCACCUGCGCCAGCUCGUCGGCUUGGUCACAAAGCCGGACGAUGUCGUCCGCAACAUUUUCACCCAUCUCAGGCCGGGCGGCUGGAUCGAGAUCCAGGAACUGCACGCGUACCCCUUUUGCGACGACGGCUCCAUGGAGGAGCCCGCCGAAGAUGGCAGCGGCGGCGACCCCGUGGCCGCCUUCUAUGACUUGCUCCGCGAUGCCUUUGACCUGCGCGGCAUGAACCACGACAAGGCACGCGCCAUGCGGGGCCGCUGCAGCAAGCUCAAGGUGCCCCUGGGACCCUGGGCGAAGGACAAGACGCUGCGUCUCAUUGGCAACUACUGCAAGACGGCCGUGCUCGAUGUGCUGCCGACCGUGCUGGCCCGGCCCAUGGACGAGCUCGAUCUGACGCCCGUGGCCAAGCAGGUCUGGGCGGCCAAGGUGCGCCAGAGUCUGGAGGACACGAGCAUCCACCGCCAUUUCCACUUUUACUUUUGGUAUGCACAGAAGCCGUGUGGUGAUGGCACCGAGGCAGGAGACGGAACGGGAAAGACAGAACAAGGCAACGAAACGGAGCCACAGAAAGGACAACAGAAAAAGGAAGAUCGAUAA